AAGAUCCAAAGCAAACUCCAAACUAUUUUUAGAGCACAAGACUUUUGCCACAAAAUCCAAACUUAAUUACUUGCCUCCUCUAUUGUCAUUUUGUUUUGUGUUCAAAGCAUUCUUUUACGAAAAACAAAUCAAAACAAAACAAAAGGUUAAGUGUGAAAAUGGCAACGGAUGGGACGGAUACAGCAACAUUUCCAGAAGGCGACGCAGAAGCUGAACUAAAUCCUGGCCUAAACAAGAGUUUUGAAGUAGAUCCUGUUUCUUCAGAGAUCGCUGCUGAUAAGGUACAACAAAACUUGGAAAGGAAGGAAAACGAGAAGGCAAAGAGAGACGCUGCGCAAACGCUGAAAAAGACGAUCAUAAUUUCAGCGGUGAUCGUGGCAGUAGCGGGAGCCGCCUUCGCUAUCACCAAAAAAAUGAAAGAGAAAUGAUUUUGAUAUACUAAAACUUAAUUAUCAACUUUUUCUAUGUAAUUUUGUUUUUUUUUUAUACCAAAUUAAGAAAACAUACCUAUGAUAUAUAUAUAUAUAUAUAUAUUUUUUUUUUUUUGUGAUAUGUAAUUUUCAAACUAAAUAAUUAAAUUAAAUUAAAUAUUGAUUAAUAAUCUACCUUCUUUGAAA